CAACGUAUUUCAAAGCAAAACCUGACCCUCAAACAGAAAGGCUUGGAGUGACCUAAUAGCGUUCCCAAAAUGCCCGACCCGGCUCAUCGAGUAUGGGGAGCUUCACAGAAGGCAUGCGUAACCGUACCGACCAUAUGCUUCUAUGUAUGUCCCAUCUCCGCAGAGCACAUCGACUGCAAGUCUUGGUGUUGCCAGGUGUCCAAAACAGCCCACCUCCUUCGCCGUCGAGAUGUGUCGAGGGUAUGUAACCUCAGCUGAUUCCCAAGUUGUCAAUGAAGUCGAAACGACCCCUCAAAUCCAGGCGCCCAGCAACGGGUUGUUGUCAUCUCCGCGCAGCGCGAAAGCAGCUUCGUUGUGGGAAGCAACGAAGUUGUCGUUAAGUAAUUGUUGAUCUGGCGGUGGUUGAGAAGGAAAGAGGGAGGGAAACUUC